AUGGGUCGAUCUGCGCUGAAGUGGGUUGCGGUCUGGCUGCUUCUCCAUGCUGCUACGCCAUUUUGGUCAAAGGCACAGGAGAUCAGCGGCAUGGAGGUCGGCAGUUACUCACGCUGUCCGAUGAGCGUCUUCAGCACCAACAGAGCGCCACCGUUUUGUGACACAACCAGCACAACCACCACCAGCUCUACUACUUUCAGCUCAACAACCACAUUGUCCUCCACAACCAAGACCACAAGCAUAUCCACGUCGUCAUCCACAACAUCCUCGAGUUCCACAGCAACGACGCAGACCACAUCCUCCACUUCCUCAGUGAGCACGUCUUCCACCAUCAGUGCCUCCUUGACGGUCACCAGCCGCACGCAAACAACGACGAGCCGGUCGUCGACCUCCACUCUUUCGACAACCCAAACCACUGUUACAAGCACCAGGAGUUCAACCACGACAGCUACAACGUCGUCCACCAGUCGUUCAAGCACUGCUUCCACAACACUGACCUCCCUCACGUCGACCUCGAGCACAGCCACGUCAUCUUCCUCCACACAAACGACCCGCACUACAACGACAACAUUCACCAACACUACCACGACCUCAACAACAUUUCUGGGGACGACCGGAACCACAACGACCUUAACGGAAAGCACCACUUCAGUCACCAGCACGUCGCAAACUUUAACAUCAAGCACUGUUACUGCAGUGACGACUACGGAGACCUCCACCACGCCCACUACCACCAGCAUUACAACGAUGACACUGAGCUCAUCGACAACUACUUCAUCCACAACAGGCACCACGAGAACCAUCACCGGCACGGGUACCAGCGCGACAGUUACGCGCACGACCUCUACCGUUUCCAGCACCACUUCGACCAGUAUGUCCACCAGCUUGACAACCACUACUGUUUUGCUCCAGCCGUGUGGCAAUGUUUGUCCCCUCUACGCAGUUUCGGGCUGCUUGAACAUGAUGCCAGGAGCAUGGUGUUCUCCGGACAUAUUGGUAGAUCCAUGCGUCGACUACACAACCUCCUUCUCCUUGAGCUGCCCACGAGACAACGUGGAUCUGUCGUAUGUCCCUGACAUUGUCGAGCCUUUCCCCACUACGCGUUGCCGCGUCUGUGGAGUGGGGCGGUUGGAGAAGGAUCAGGACGAGCGUGAAGGAUACUUCCUUGCAGACAUGUACUUUGGCCAGAACGCCGUCGAGACUGUGAUCAAUGAGGAUCCGAUCAUUGAGUACAGAGUUUUUGUCGUUGACAAGCUGCGUCGCCGACUCCUGCCACACCCUGUCGCUGCAGUGCCCAAGCGUCCGGAGGAGGAGACUUCUUGCUGCCGAGUGGAUUCGUACCGCGUGCACAUCGCAACGAUGUUGCCGGCAGGAUCUGACAGGUUCAUGGUGAUCCCGGUCACACGCUACGGACACGAGUUGACAGUGGGUGCGACAAGUGAUGAGAUUGAGGACAGGGUGGCGGAGGGCCCCUACUUCCUCGGGAUCAAGCCUGUUACAAACUUCAGUGCCUGGGCAAAUCACUACACGCCCUCGAUCGGCAAGCAAGCAUCGGGCUUUAAGCUGCAGGCAGAAGCCAUGAGCCUCUUGCGAAGCGCCACCAGGAUUGCCCAGGCCGGGCUCCGUCCGGCCACGGGACUGCGCGCGACGCCUCUGCGUGCCCCGAUGGCGUUGGUUGCUCCGCGAAGCUUCGUCACCCGCUCGCUGCCGCGUUUGGGGCACAACUUGGAGGAUCACUUUGACUUUGCGGAGUACAUGUGCAGGAUGCACAGUCCCAUUGGUGAGUAUCUGAUUUGGGGGCUCAUCUUGAGCACCUUCAUCAUCAGCUUCGGUCCGCUCCUCCACUCGAACUACUACUUCACUGGCCGAUUCUUGCCCAAGGACCAGGGCAACUCCCAGCUUUGUGACGACAGCUGGUGA